GUGCUUGAUCAUAUAACUUACAUGAGAUGAGAUGAUAGAAGCGGAGACGCUAUGCUGUAGUGUAGUGAAGAGAAGAGCGAUCAUGGAUUUUAGAGAUGGAGCUCACAAGUUGUCUCGUUCUAUUGUUGCUAUUGUAAAUCUUGGGCUUCGACUGCUAUGGUACUUUCUUCAAAUAAUUGUCAGCACAUGGCAUUCCAUAUUAACCAUGGGCAAUUUGUUUGAAAGCUGUUUCAUCUCUUAUGGAGUAUUGAAGAAAUAUGAGUUUCUUCAUUUAGGAAGGCUACAGUACCUUGCCAUUGUCAUAGAAAGUGAAGAAGCUCGUCAGACUUCCAAAGUUGUUAAACUUUUGCAGUGGCUGGACUCUAUUGGUGUAAAGAAUGUAUGCCUCUAUGACAUGAAUGGAGUAUUGAAGAAGUCUAAGGAAACCAUAAUUCAAAAGUUGAAGGACGCAAAAUCCAUAGAGGAAGUUAGUGAAGCAGUGACAGACCAUGUUCCAGAUCACAUGACUUUAGAAUUUAUUUCUUAUGUGGAUGGGAAGGAGGCAGUGGCCAAAGCAGCUAACUUGAUUUUCGCAGAGCAAUUGAAACGACAUAACUUGGGUGGGGAACUAAAUGGUCACAUCUUGUCAGAGCCUCACUUGAAUGAGGCCCUGCAAAUUGUCGGUAGCAAAGGCCCUGAACCCGACCUUUUACUGGUUUAUGGACCGGUGAGGAGCCAUCUUGGUUUUCCUGCAUGGAGAAUUCGAUAUACAGAGAUAGUACAUAUGGGAUCAUUGAACGUUAUGAGAUAUGGUUCGUUGAUAAAAGCCAUUUACAACUUUACGAAAGUGCACCAAAAUUAUGGUACAUAGGGAAGGAGUUUGCAAGGAAUUGAAUGUACAAGCACAAAUCAUAGGCAUGAAGAAUAGAAAAAUAUCUAGCCUAUCUUUGUGGGCAUUAGUAAUGUGUAAAUGAGAGAUAGAAUUGCAGGUUAUAAUGUAGUAUGACUCACUUCUAAUUUAAAAAAGAUUUGGCAGUACUAUCCUUGCCUUCAUCCCUUCUAUGUCUUGCAAUUAGGGAGCAUUUUUAUUUGAUGGCACCAUAGCGAAUGAAAUUCCUCGUCGUUUUGU